AUGGUCUUCCACCUUUCAGACAUCGAAAGGGUCCCCUCAGACCCAGCAAACCCCCGGUUUCGAUGCCGAGCUUGCAACACUCAAGGAAUGGCAAAUUACGAGCAUCACCUCAAGUCGGCUACCCACCAAACCAAAGUUCAGGCCUUCUUAUCACGCUUAGCCGCGGAAGAACAAUCACUUGUUGGUUUGGAAGCUCAAGAUGGCACCGAUUCCAACACACCUGACCCCCAUUUAAUGGAGCCGAGUUUUGAACCCAAUCCCAAUAUGGACGAUCACCACUUCAAUCCUCCUUCGCCUCUUAGCGCGCUUCGCUCACUCGAACCCCACGAACUGCUCGGAGUAGGAACGCUCAACCAUCCAAACAACGUGGAUGAUCCUGAUGGACAUGUUUGGUUCGAUAUGCUCCGUCAAGCUCUGGAGAACCUUGAGCAACUUGAUCUGGAGAACGACGAAGAUGAAACAGAAACAGAAGAGGAACCCCAAGAUCCCCAAUCUGUACGGGCCAGAGCUCAGGAGGCAAUAGAAUGGCACCCGUUCAAGAACAAAGAACAGGUCGCUGGGUUGCUAAUCAUUGGCUCUCCUCGUCACCUCCUAUCUCGGGCACAGUACCUGUACAUUCGGUCAAUUGGAGCUUAA